UGGUCUAUAAAACAACCGGGUCCUUGCGAAUUCGGCGCAAGUCCAAAGACCCAAGGGCACAAGCAGAAGUUGCGGUUGUACUUUUCUUCCUCCGCCGUCGGCUCAGAUCUCUGCGUGCGGGCUAGCGAUGGCGUCGUUCUCGGAGGCUCCCCCAGGGAACCCGAAGGCGGGCGAGAAGAUCUUCAAGACCAAGUGCGCGCAGUGCCACACAGUCGAGAAGGGCGCCGGCCACAAGCAAGGUCCAAACUUGAAUGGUCUUUUUGGGAGGCAGUCGGGUACCACCACAGGCUACUCCUAUUCCGCGGGAAACAAAAACAAGGCUGUGAUCUGGGAGGAGAACACUCUGUAUGACUACCUGCUUAACCCUAAGAAGUACAUUCCUGGAACCAAGAUGGUCUUCCCUGGGCUGAAGAAGCCGCAGGAACGUGCUGAUCUCAUUGCGUACCUGAAGGAAGCAACUGCGUAGUAUAAUGACACGCCUUUGCCAUGAAGAGAAAAUUCGUUUUGCAGUUUAAUAAUAAACAUUUUUAGACAAUUUGGGUCACUCUGGUUGGACAGGGUACACAAUCCACGUCUCAGUAUUUUUGUUCUUAUGGUCUCGGUAUUGAAUGCCUAGGUGAGUUUUUUUUAGCUGUGCACAAAAAAACAGUUAAACUCGAUGGUAUCUCAACUGCUGGAGAAAUGCUAGUGCCCUAUUUUUGGCUGUGGAAUUGGAAAUCUGGAAUGCAUCCAUUUUGAAA